AUGCCGUUUGGAUGCGUUACCUUGGGAGAUAAGAAGGAUUAUAACCAGCCAUCUGAGGUGACUGACAGAUAUGACCUGGGACAAGUAAUCAAAACAGAGGAGUUUUGUGAGAUAUUCCGUGCCAAAGAGAAAUCGACAGGCAAGCUUUAUACUUGCAAGAAGUUUCUGAAAAGAGAUGGGCGCAAAGUGCGGAAGGCAGCCAAGAAUGAGAUCAUCAUCCUGAAGAUGGUAAAGCACCCCAACAUUCUACAACUGGUGGAUGUAUAUGUUACCCGGAAAGAGUAUUUCCUCUUCUUGGAGCUGGCCACUGGUCGAGAGGUAUUUGAUUGGAUCUUGGACCAAGGAUACUACUCUGAGCGUGACACUAGUAAUGUCAUCAGGCAGGUCUUGGAGGCUGUAGCAUACCUGCAUUCACUGAAGAUCGUACACAGGAAUCUCAAGCUAGAAAAUUUAGUAUAUUACAACCGCCUGAAGAAUUCUAAGAUUGUGAUCAGUGACUUUCACCUAGCCAAGCUGGAGAAUGGGCUCAUCAAAGAACCAUGUGGAACUCCUGAAUAUCUCGCACCUGAAGUGGUGGGGCGCCAACGAUAUGGGCGGCCUGUGGACUGCUGGGCUAUUGGUGUGAUCAUGUAUAUUCUCUUGUCGGGAAACCCACCCUUCUAUGAGGAAAUGGAUGAGGAUGAUUAUGAGAACCACGACAAGAACCUAUUUCGCAAGAUCUUGGCUGGAGACUAUGAAUUUGAUCCUCCUUAUUGGGAUGAUAUCUCACAGGCAGCUAAGGACCUAGUAGCCCGUCUGAUGGAGGUGGAUCAAGACCAGAGAAUUACAGCAGAAGAAGCUAUCUCUCAUGAAUGGAUUUCUGGCAAUGCAGCUUCUGACAAGAAUAUAAAAGAUGGAGUAUGUGCUCAGAUUGAAAAGAACUUUGCCAGGGCAAAAUGGAAGAAAGCUGUUCGAGUGACCACAAUGAUGAAGAGACUCCGAGCGCCAGAUCACACAGAUGCAGCUAAACCAACCCUUCCCACUGCUGCCACAACAGAUGGUGCUGCUACAACACAGCCCAACAACACCCUGCAGGCUAAACCUGAAGCAGAUAACACAGCUCCAACAACUGAAGCUGCCCGGGUGGCCACAAUGGUAUCAGCCCCUGCAGAAGGAAACCCAGAGGGAAAAACAUCCACAGCUCCAGCAACUAAAGCAGAAACAUCAACAAUGACAUCAGCAGGUCCAGCGACAUGCAACGGGGAAGGAACCACUGCCCCCAGUGCCACCCCCGAGUCCUGGAAUGAGGAGACUGGCUGAGUCAGAGAGGAGCCAAGCAAGGGCAGGAUUGUACCUCUCUGUGUUGUAUCUCUCUUGUAAAUAAUCACCGGCAUGGUCCCUCCAAGUGUCCUGGCUUCCCAAUCAUUCCCUCUGUGUGUGGCUGUCAGUUUGUCUCACUCUGUGUUACUCCAGCAGAGUUUCUAUUUUCUAUAUGACACAAUCCAGAGUG